AUGUUUUCUAAUAGAUUAAUAUCUCGAUUACAACAAUUAACAGUACUACAAUUACGUACAUUAGCAAUAAAAUGUGGCAUUUUAAAUAAUGGAAGUAAAGAUGAGUUAAUUAAUAGGAUUCUUAAAGAAAUUUCUAAAAUACGAUUAAUUAAUGAGCAUUAUACAACUCAUCGUAUUCUUAGUAUUGAUGUAGGUAUCCGUAAUUUAGCAUUAUGUUCAAUGAUUGUACCUUCAACUAUAAAUCAAGAUUUUAAUUCAAUUAGUCAUAAAAAUAUUAUUAUUAAUGAGUGGGAUAAAUUAUCAGUUGAAUUAGAAAAUAUAGAAGAUAAUAAAGUUAUUAAAAAGACAUAUAAGCCUGUGGAUUACUCUUUUUUAGCAUAUCAACUAGCAAAAUCUUUUUUAGAAAAAUUUAAACCACGUACUAUAUUAAUAGAACGUCAAAGAUAUAGAACUCUGAAUAUGAAUACUAUACAUGAAUGGAUCAUAAGAGUAAAUAUGUUUGAACAUAUGUUACACGCUGUAUUUAGAUGUUUUAAAGAAGAAAAAAUUUGGGAUGAUCCAGAAGCAGAUAUUUUAAGCAUAGAUCCAACCAAAAUUACAUCAUUAUGGACUAAAAAAAAUAUUAUUUUAAAAGAAGAAUUAUUUAUUGGACAUAAUUUGCCUAAAAAUAUAUUUAUAAAUUCCAUAAGGGAAAAUCUAAUUUACUUAAAACCAUCUGCUUUAAAAUCUAAAAAAAUAAAAACAAAAAUUGUUGAUUCAUUGUUAAAAAUAGGCACUAUUUUUAACUUCGAAAAUACACAAAUUACUGCAAAAGAUUUUAUGUCUCAAAAAAAAAAUAAAAGUAUACUUAAAAUUGACGAUCUUGCAGAUUGCUUUCUUCAAGGUGUUUCUUGGAUUAUAUGGGAGCAAAAUAAAUGGAAAUUAAAAGAAGAAUUGCAAGAUAAUAAACCAUUACAUGGUUUUGUUAAUGAUUAA